AUGGCAAGCACGGACGUCUACAAAGCCUUAAAAGAGAAGAAGGUUCUUGGGACGCAAAUCCCCGUCUACAAGCCCGGCGAUGUGGAAUAUGAGGUCUCUGUCGAUGUGGCCAAUCUCCUUUACCGGUUCAGCCGCCCCAAGUGCGUCGUGAAGCCCGAGCAGUCGAUUCACGUCGUGGAGGUCGUCCAACACGCUUUCGAGCACAGCAUACCCAUUACCGUCAAGAAUGGUGGGCACUCGUAUGCUGGCCUCUGCACCACCAACGAGGGCAUUCUAUUGGAUCUCUCGCGGAUGAAUGAUGUACAUCUCGAACAUACCGCCAACCCUCCGACAAUCACCAUGCAGGGUGGGGCACUGUGGGCACAUGCGUACCGGCAGUUUGUCAUCGAGGAGGUCAAUGGGCUGGUGGUUAACGGCGGGCGAUGUCCGACAGUAGGGGUCAGCGGCUUUGUGUUGGGGGGAGGGUUGGGUCCAUUUACGCGGAAGUUUGGAAUGGGAUGUGAUAGGUUACUGGAGGCGACGCUAGUCACGGGGAAAGGGGAGCUGGUAAAGGUGACCAAAGGCCAUAAUCAAGAUACUGACAAGGAAGACCUGUUCUGGGCUCUCCGCGGAGCUGGCGCCAAUAACUUUGGUGCCGUGCUGACGAUGAAGAUGUCUCUCGACAGAUUGCGAGGGACGGACGUUGUGACCGGGAGAUACACUUGCUACCCUCCAGCGGACAGAAAAGAGGAGUUCAUAAAUGCAAUGAAGGACUUUUAUGCUGCCGACUGGAGUGAUACAAUGACAAUCGACACCAGCUGGUUCUGUAAUCCGAAGGAAAAGAAUGGAGAUCUUGCUGUUCGGUUUCUUUCGUAUUACGACGGGGAUAAGACGGGAUUCAAAUCCGAAAUUUAUGAACGUCUUGAAGUGACGGAGGAUCGGGUGCAACUCCAAGAGAUGAAGAGCCUAUUGGGAACAAAUCUCGAACGUCGGUCAGUUGCCGAAAAGUCGUCGCGGGUUCUGCAUGAGACGCUGGUAGCCCAGUGGUCCGAGGAGACGAUGAAGGCGCUUCCCGCUAAUAAGGUGCAUGCCAUUUACUCAUCGUUCGUUUUCGGGAGAGGAAGUAACUACGAUGGCAUCAUCGACUCCAUCACCAAACGCAUGGACGAAUUUAAGAUAGAGUUCAAUGGAGAAUCAGCGUUGCUGCAGGUGACCUUUAUCCACACCGGAAAGAAAGCUAGCGAGAAACGGGCAGAUGAAACAGCUUUCCCUUGGCGAGAGGCAUCUCACAUCGCAUACAUCAUGCUGCAAUGGGAUGAGAAAUGGCUCGGUGACCAGAUGAAGGCGUUCUGUAACAGGUUCAAAGCGGACCUGAAACAUUACUCGAUUGACGAAAAAGCCGGCUUCUUGAACUUCCCGGACCGGGAGCUCUGUGAAAUAGAACAGGAUCGUCAUGAGGCAUAUUAUGGCGCCAACAGUAGUAAGAUUAGGGAAGUUAAAAGCAAGUGGGAUCCCAAGGGGAUUUUUCGGUUUGCACCGGAAAAUGCCAGAGUUGAUUCAAGCGACUCAGAUAUUGUGGCUAGCCUCCAAGGUUUGACAAUGGAGGAACAACUGAUGUCCUCUUUUCUCCCAUUCUUUGGCCCUUUCCCUGUCUUAGCUAAACUAGCUGCCAUGCGAUCUGCUGAAUGGUUGGGGUGA